GUUGGUGAUUUUUAUACUCAAAAGUUUCGUUUUUUUUUAUUUUUGAAUAUUUUAGGAUAAGAUGUUUUUGUAGGAUAAAAAAGAAAAAUUUAAGAGAGGUGCUCUCUAUCUAUAUAGGGAAUCCUUGUUCAGGAAGUGAUGAAAAAGAGCAAAAUGUUCUAAAGUUAAAAUAAUAAUUCAGAAAACUGUUGUGAAGAUAAAUCUAAAUUUUUUAUAUCCCAACAAUCGCUAUUAAUACACUUAUUUAAUAUGAACUUGGAGUUAUUAGAAUCUUUUGGACAGAACUAUCCAGAGGAGUUCGAUGGAACUCUUGAUUCACAAUCCAUUGCCGUAACAUGUGCAUUUAAUAAAAGAGGAACACUUCUGGGAGUAGGCUGUAAUGAUGGCCGCAUUGUAAUAUGGGAUUUUUUAACCAGAGGAAUAGCUAAAAUCAUAUCUGCCCAUGUACAUCCAGUUUGUAGUAUAAGUUGGUCAAGAAAUGGACACAAAAUAGCCUCUGCAUCUACUGACAACACUGUUUGUAUUUGGAACAUACUAUCAGGAGAGUGCGAACAAAAGUACAGGUUUCCAUGCCCAGUUUUGAAGGUUCAAUUCGAACCUAGAUCUCUGGAACGUCUCUUGGUUUGCCCUAUGAAACAUGCUGCUAUACUUGUUGAUACUAAUGGUGUGCAUCAGGUUUUACCAAUUGAUGAAGAUGGAGAUCUAAACAUUGUGGCAUCAUUUGAUAGAAGAGGUGAAAAUGUUUAUACAGGAAAUGCCAAAGGUAAAGUUUUAGUGCUAGAUUCUCACACUUUGGAAGUGAAAGCAAGCUUCAGAAUUAUUUUGGGCUCUUCCAGUGCAACUGCAGUAAGAAGUAUUGAGUUUGCUCGAAGGGGAGAUUAUUUUCUGAUUAACACUGCAGACAGAGUUAUCAGAGUGUACGACAGUAAGGAAGUCUUGACAUAUGGAAAAGAUGGAGAACCCGAACCAAUGCAAAAGCUUCAAGAUUUAGUCAAUAAAACAAUGUGGAAAAAAUGUUGCUUUUCUGGUGACGGCGAGUAUAUUUGUGCUGGUUCAACAAGGCAACAUGCUCUUUAUAUAUGGGAAAUGGCUGUUGGGAAUUUAGUCAAGAUACUACAUGGCACCAAGGGAGAACUGCUUUUAGAUGUUGCUUGGCAUCCUGUUAGACCUAUUAUUGCUAGUAUUUCAUCAGGUGUAGUAAGUGUUUGGGCACAAAACCAAGUGGAAAAUUGGUCAGCAUUUGCCCCUGAUUUCAAAGAAUUAGAUGAAAAUGUUGAAUAUGAAGAAAGAGAAAGCGAGUUUGACUUAACUGAUGAGGACAAAUCUGUGGCAAGCGGUGGUGAUGAUAAAGAGGACACAGAUUUGGAGGUGGAUGUAUGUGCCAUAGAUCCAGUUGCAGCCUUUUGUAGUUCUGAUGAGGAGAAUGAAAAUUCCGAUUGUUUACAGUUCCUUCCAGUAGCUCCGGAGAUUGAAGAUCCCGAAGAUAACUGGACUCCUACGGACAGUAAUACUACGCCAUUGAAUAUGGGAACUGGUCCAUCACCAGCGAAGAAAAAGAAAUAUAAAUCUUACGAUAUUGCACUUGAAAAUAUAUCUGACGGAGAAGUGCACCCCUUAUUAAGCAAUAAAUCUAAGGAUAAACUCGUUGCUGGCGGUAAGAAGGGAGGAGGAAGGCUGAGAAAAUAAUUUUUAGUAUAACUGUCGAAAUCGAAUCAUAAAUAAUAAACUUUACAUUUUGUCAACAAUA